AAAAUCAGAACUACGACCAGAAUUCGCAAAUUAUACUUCCGUGUUCCUUGUAAGUGUUUGACAAGUUUUGGUUUGUUUUACUGUUUUGAUGACGAAAUGUGAUACACAGAGACGAAAGAACCGGAGUGUGAUUCACAGAACAUUGCAGAUGUAGUUCUUCAUGUGAACUCCAGUUUGGUGACUUCUAAAGACUUCUGAAGUUGCAAGAUUUCUUCAAAAUGGCACGCCGACAGUCAACAUGUAAUAUUAUAAAGGUGGACUAUCUUAUGAAGAGGUCCCAGAACAAAAACACAUUCACAUCCGAGAAUUACAAGGGCAGACAUUUUGUUCUUGAUGAGGAAUACCUGCGAUACUUUGAUGGAAAGCUUGAGAAAAGAGGAAAGGAAAAGGGAUGUAUUGCUCUUCCCAAUGUUAAAGCUGUAGAGAAUGUGGAGAACCGUAUGCUGGACAGCAGGGACAAUGUCUUCCAGGUGAUGUACCAUGAAAACAACGACUUCUUCACAUUAUACAUUGUUGCUCUAAAUGCUGACCAGAGGGACAGCUGGGUGACAGCAAUAAGACAGCAAGCUCUAAAACUAGGGGCCAAUUUAGUACCGAAAUAUCACAAAGGAGUGUGGACAAAAACUUCUCGCAAAUACAACUGCUGUGAUCAGCUAUACCGCAAUGCUCCAGGCUGUGAGGUGGCAACACAUGAACAACAAGAAAAUGUGAUGCCAAUACAGCAACAACAACAACAACAGCAGCAGCAAUUAGAUGUGAAUGGUGCCUCCAAGAAAGAAGCCAAGGUUUAUGUGGCAAUAUAUGACUAUCAAGCUGCAGAGGAGGGAGACUUAGAACUCGCUUGUGGAGAGGAGUAUGAAAUACUAGACGAUAGCCGAGAACAUUGGUGGCAAGCUAAAGACAAGAAGGGGGGAUACAUUCCAGCUAAUUAUGUCAAAAGGAAGUUCGACCUGGAAAUAUAUGACUGGUACUACAAGGAUAUCACCCGGCAGCGCAGUGAGGCCAUCUUGCAGGAGGACAAUCGUGAGGGCUGCUUCCUGGUGCGAGACUCCAGCAGCACGCCAGGGAUGUACACCCUGUCGCUAUUUACAAAUGAAGGGAGUGUUCUAGUCAGACAUUAUCAUAUACGGAAGGAUCCUGAUGGCAAGUUCUACAUCUCAGAGAAACAUGCCUACCCCAGCAUACCCGACGUCGUUCACUAUCACAAGCACAACUCAGGAGGUUUGGUGUGCCGGCUGAGAGAACCUCCCAGGCGACAUUCAGCACCCUCUACAGCAGGAUUUGGUCACGGCAAGUGGGAGAUCGACCCAGACGACCUGGAGACUGGGGAACAGUUGGGCUCAGGAUGUUUUGGGAGUGUCAACCGUGGCAAAUGGAGGAACAAGCCUGUGGCAGUUAAAGUCAUGAAAUGUGGCACCAUGUCGGAGGAGUCAUUUGUAGAGGAAGCAAAAACAAUGACCCAACUGAACCAUCCCAAUUUGGUGCAGCUGUAUGGCGUCGUGACCAAGGCCAAACCUAUCAUGAUUGUGGUGGAGCUCAUGCGUUAUGGUGCACUGAACAACUACCUGGCCCGUCACAAGAACCGCCUGCUGCAGCAGCCCAUGACCCUGCUGGAGUUUUGUAUACAGGUGUGUAAGGGCAUGUGCUACCUGGAACAACGCAAGUUCAUCCAUCGAGAUCUUGCCGCCAGGAACUGCCUCGUCGGACAGGACCAUGUAGUCAAAGUAGCCGAUUUUGGUUUAGCCAGGUUUGUCAUUGACGAUGAGUACACCAGUUCAGCAGGGACCAAGUUUCCAGUUAAGUGGGCUCCCCCAGAAGUCCUGAGCUACACCCGCUUCAGCAGCAAGUCCGAUGUCUGGGCUUUCGGUGUGUUGAUGUGGGAGGUGUUUAGCGGUGGUGAGAUGCCGUACAGCGGCAUGAAGAACCUUGACGUGGUGGACUACGUCAUCACCUCCAACCGCCGCCUACAGAAACCUAUGAUGUGCCCAGAACUCAUGUUCAAGGUCAUGAUGCAGUGCUGGGAAGCGAAACCUGAACGCCGACCAGGUUUUACUGAGUUACAUCGACGACUGAGUGGCCUAGCUGACGGUGGGGACUACCCCCUGGUGUAA